UCAGUAGAAGACCGGGGUUGGUAACGCGACAUGAUAUUCAGGGGCGCCUGACAAAUAGAAGAACUUGAUUUUUUACCGAAAACUUAACAAUCAAUAUACAUACAGGAGCCCAAGAUGGGUUCCUGUUAUCGUCACUAAUCGUGACUAUUCGCUUCUAUUCGUCGCUAUUCGCGACUAUUCGUCACUAUUUGCGACUAUUCGCAGUAUUCGGUGAUUAUUUGGGUUUUAUCACCAGCCAAGUUUCUGGCAUAAAAACCGAAAAUCCCAAUGCGCCGUCGCUAAGGGGAGGACCACUUAAUAGAAGGAGGAUGCGUAAUCAAAGGGAGCGCUUAUUUAUCUCCUGUACUGAACCCGGUGUGAUUGACGCUAAAUUGAAGGGGGAGGGGAGGGGAGGGGCGCUUAUGAGAGCGUUAGACGUUAUUCGAGGAAUACGGACUCGUAUUACGGCUGAAAAACUGAAAUCGUGAAAUUAUAGUUGUUAUUUGACGUCUAGGGUCUUGCCAGACUUUUUUCGCUCUGUCGACUCUCAGUAUGUUUUCACAGGUCCACAGUUAAACAGAAAAUACUCGCCCAUCUCGCUCAGUUGAUUUGGACCUUGUCGAUUUUUCAAUGUGAAGAGGAGCGAGCAUCUAAAGACAGCGAUCAGUUUGAAUACCGUCAUGAUUCCCGUCUGGAUCGUGGUUACUCUUUCUGCUACCUCCCUGGUUCUUGUGACAAGUGGUCCCUGCAUCCCUCCUGGAGAAUCCAUUAAUGCUCCUAAUGGUCACAUUUCCAGCCCCAAUUUUCCCAACAACUAUGACGCAAACAGGAUUUGUACCUGGAAUAUCACAGUACCCGCUGGGAAAAUCAUCAAACUGACCUUCUUCAACUUUACCCUGGUAGUAGGUGAAAACGAUGAUUGUGCUGGAGCGGCAGCAGAUAGUGCCCGAGUCUUCCUCACAAACCUUGCCUCUUAUGGAGGAAAUCCUAAUGACUUUAAGAUCUGUGGUCAAAAGCUUCCCCCUCCUGUGUACUCCGAGGGAAAUUUCAUUCAAGUGAGAUUUGAAUCUCGCACCGGCCUUGUAAAUAAAGGGUUCAAUGCAACCUUUGAGGCGAUAGAUGGAGAUUCACUGUGCCCAGCAGAUAUGAUCCUCGAUGAAACAUCAGGUUCUUUCGCCUCUCCAUUUAAUCCAAGAAACUAUCCAUCCAACCAGACAUGUAGCUGGAAUAUUACAGGGAAACAAGGAUACCGUGUUGAGCUCACAAUACCAGACUAUAAUCUUGAACGUUGUGGUGGCGCUGCUUGCUCGUGUGAUUAUAUGGAAGUUCAGAAUAGCUUCAGUGAUCAAGUGCUGCCUGGAAAACUAUGUGGUACACUUAGGUUUACUCCUGUAAAGUUUUAUUCACUGCACGAAAGCUUGAGGGUGGUUUUUGUGUCCGAUGAUGCAAACAUGGAUUAUGACGGAUUUGGGGCAACUUACAAGCUGUUGAACUACAGUCCUCCAAUUUGUCCAAGGGAAGCAAUUCCUCUCUCAGGCAGCGGCAAAAUAAGCAGCACCAACUACCCAAAGAGUAAUUACACUGCUUCCAGAAACUGUACCUGGAAAAUUACCGCACCAGUUGACAAAAAGAUACAGUUUGAGUUUACUGACUUUGCCUUAAGUGAGUGUUCAGCCAGUCCUUGUUCGGACUCUUGUUCUUAUGUGGAGCUUUAUGAUGGUGGGUCAACAGGUUCGCCCUUACUGGGGCGAUUUUGUCAGGGGUCGCCACGGAAUGAGCUUCAGUUCUCGACUGGAAACCAAUUGUCUGUGAUGUUUCAUCCUGGACAAACAGUUGCUCGUGGAUUUGAAGCAGAAUUUUCGACAGAGACAAAAGCGACGAACGAAACAACAACAAGUACUGAAUCAAAAAUAAGAACUGAUUCAAAAAUGGCAACUACGACGAGUUUGCCAAAGAAAUCCUUAUCGGCAGGUGCCUCCGUAGGAACAGCAUUGGGUAGUGUGGCUUUUGUUCUACUCGUCUUUAUAAUGGUUUACUCUUGCCAUCGUCACGUUAAAAAGAACAAGAGAAUCAUUUCUCCGAGUAACGAAGGCACUGAAAUGGAAGAAAACCAGCAAAGAAAUAAAAACGGAUUUGCACCCGACACCUGAACAUGAGUUACGACAACCCAGAAGGCGGUGGGUGUGGUCGAGUGGUUACACUGCUAGACUCGAAAUGCUCGUUCAGGUCCAGGUCCUCCACGGUCUCCACCUUGCUACUCAACGAUUUAUUUUCUCCGUUGCUUCGAGUUCAACUCCUCAGAUGCACUCUUACAAUAACCAACUGAUGUGCUUCCUGUCAGUUGGGAUUCUAAACCAGUUUACAAUUAUUUGGAUCAAUUGUUUCAUUCCAUGUAUAUUUAGGCCCUAAAAAGCCUCAUUGGGUAGUAGUCAAUUGAUUUUUUUUCCUCGAUGACCGCCGAAAAACUCAAACGAGCUCACCUACCAGCCGCUUAACGGGAUUGUGGGCUCACAAUCUUUUCCAUUUUGAGGGAGGAGUUUUCAGGGAUAACAAAAGGGGAUCACAACUCAAAUCAUCCCACCUUCUUUCUCCCUCAGGGGAUGAAUAAUGAGCGGCCCUUUUGAGUCAUUUCCACAACGGACACAGUAAUUCUUCUGCCCUAUGUCAUGACACCAAUUAACAAUUGGUUCAUACGUCAGCGUGCGUUCAUCGAGAUAUGAAGCACGCGGGAAGUUUGGAGAGCACGAAAGAUGCGUAAGAGUUGCUCGAGGCGUAGCCGAGGGAUCUCGAGGGAUAUGUUUGCUGACGUCAUGAGCGUGCACAAUAGGAAUAUGAAGCACGCUCGCGCAAUUUAAUUUGAUUAGAUAAAUUUACUAGCUAUGUUAUAAAACGAUUUGAUGAAUGAUUUAUCCAGUGAGGUUUAAUUGGGUGAAACUAACAGAUUGUGCGAAAGUACGACAAUAGCCCACAGUUGUCAUUUAACCUGGUUUGCCUGGGCUCACAUUACAUGUUUAUAUAAUUCGAUGUUUAAAGUACAAUAAAGUAGUUUUCAAUUGAA